AUGCUCGAUCAAGCGGCAAGCGCACAGCGUAAGUCAGAAGUUCAGACAACGUUGCAACGACACAGUGAAUAUACGUUCACUCCACCUGACGUCAUAGAACUCAUUCGUCAAGCGUCACGCCAUAAUUUGGCAACAUGGGCCACCGGCCCCGAGGCAAAAACUACAACUGAACUCGAAUGCCGCAAGGCUCUUCGAGAGAGGUACUUGGAACCUACUGUGAGGAAUUUGAGUCAAUACAGAAAACGGCUGCAAAAGCAGGCCCAAGGAGCACCGUUUGCAGCGCUACGCGAAAGUGCCAGUGUGGCAGACGUUCGUCUAGAGCGAAAGCUUCGCUAUGACUUCGCGAAGUUAAAGGCCAGAGGACGGCUGCGGGGAUUAUCACGCUCCCGCUAUGCUUCGGCUGCCUCUGCAGCCGCGAAUUCACGUCAACCUUUUGACACGAACUCACCCGCUCUCACUACGACGAGUGAGAAGCGUGGCGCUCGUCAAGACGAGCUCGGCCCUGGCGCUCAAAAACGUCAACGGCGUAUGGGCAGUCUUGCCGAAGGGGAAGCUCAUACUCCCAUGAGUUUUCAGACUCAAGGUACCCACGCCACUUCACCAGAUAUUGGUAGUGACAUUGACGAAGACGUCGUUAAAGUACCCGCUACACUUGGAACUUUAAGUUCCCUUGCUUAUCAAGCAAUGCCGGUGGCGGUCGGAGUAUCGGCUGAAAGCCAUGGUGAGCUGGUGAAGAAAGUGGAGGAUCUCCGUGGGAUUUUGGGUCAGACUCAGAACGCCGUGGGCGAAGUUCGAUCUCGUCUGGCGACGUUGGAAGGCGAUCACGCCCGUCUUCAGAUGAUGGAGUCACAUCAGACUCGUGGCGAGGCUCAACUUGACAUCUCAAUUCGAAUGCAAGAUCCUGUGGCAACGCCAAUGUACGCGGCGCAAGCGCCUUCAAGUCAACAUGGGACGGGUCCCGGUAUGGCUUAA